UUCGGCGAGGGUCACUGCAGCCCGCUUGUUCGUGGGGGACUGGCGUUCGCUGCAGAGAAAGUUGUGCCUCCUUUUUUUCCCCUUGUUAUUAUACCUUCCGUGUUCGCAGCAGCCAUGGAAUAGAGGCUGCCAUAACCCCCUCAGUCGUGCUAUGAACUGAAAGAAAUAAGUGUUAUCAGUGUAUUUUUUGUUAUAGUUUGUCAUUUGUGUGAUUCAACGACACGAUGGCAGACGGUGAAGGGUCUUCCGAACAAGAUGAUGUUUCAUUCCUCAGGACGGAGGACAUGGUCAUUCUCUCCUGCACUGCCACAGGAGAGAGGGUGUGUCUGGCCGCUGAAGGAUUUGGUAACAGGACAUGUUUCCUGGAAAACAUUGCUGACAAGAACAACCCGCCCAACCUCUCGCAGGGCGUGUUCGUGAUCGAGCAGGCGUUGUCGGUGCGCGCCCUCCAGGAGCUGGUCACUGCAGCCGCCAGCGAGGAGGGCAGUGCCGCAGUUGGCAAAGGUACCGGUUCCGGACACAGGACGUUGCUCUAUGGCAACGCCGUUCUCCUCUACCACCAGAACUCUAUGAUGUACUUGGCUUGCCUCUCCACCUCCUCCUCCAAGGACAAGUUGGCCUUCGACGUCGGUCUCCAGGAGCACUCCAAGGGUGAGUCCUGUUGGUGGACCAUUCACCCGGCUAGCAAACAGAGGUCAGAGGGUGAGAAGGUUAGGGUCGGUGAUGACCUGAUUCUUGUGUCCGUGGCUACUGAGAGAUACCUGCAAGCGACCCGUGAGGACGAGCAGAGCAUCGUCAACGCCAGCUUUCACGUUACCCAUUGGUCCGUCCUCCCCUUCGGCACUGGUCUCUCCAGACUCAAGUUCGUCGCUUGUGUGUUCGGUGGCGAAGUCUUGAGAUUCUUCCAUGGCGGCGACGAGUGUCUCUCCAUCCCCUCGACUUGGUCGGACCAGCCAGGACAAAACAUCGUCGUAUACGAGGGCGGCUCCGUCACAUCCCAGGCCAGGUCCCUCUGGAGGCUGGAACUCGCCCGCACCAAGUGGUCUGGUGGCUACAUCAACUGGUUCCACCCCAUGAGGAUCAGGCACAUCACCACCGGCAGAUACCUGGGCAUCAACGAGCAGAAUGAGCUGGUGCUGCUGCCAAGAGAAGAGGCCACUGUGGCAGCCACGGCCUUCUACUUGCGCGAGGAAAAGGACGACAACAAGGUCAUCCUCGAGGACAAGGAUCUUGAAGUGAUUGGCACUCCACUCAUCAAGUACGGUGACUCCACCGUCAUCGUGCAGCACAUGGAAACGGGACUGUGGCUCUCCUACAGGGCCUUCGAGAUCAAGAAGAAGGGCGUGGGCAAAGUCGAAGUGAAACAGGCCACCCUACACGAGGAAGGCAAGAUGGACGACGGCCUGGUCUUCUACAGGAGUCAAGAAGAAGAAUCCCGCACUGCCAGGGUUAUUCGCAAAUGCUCUCACCUCUUCAACAUUUUCAUCAAGGGCUUGGACUGCAUCCAGCAAUCGAGACGUCAUUCCAUCCUGCUGAGAACAGUCAACCUGAAAGAGAUGAUCAGCUGCUUGGAGGAUCUGAUCAACUAUUUUGCCUACCCCGAGGAUGAGCUUGAGCACGAGGAACGCCAGGUGUGCCUCCGCGCCCUGAGGAACCGACAGGACCUGUUCCAGGAGGAAGGAAUCCUCAACCUGAUCCUAGACGCCAUCGACAAGAUCACCGUCAUCACCUCGCAGGGCUACUUGGUGGCACUUGCUGGCGAAGAAGCCGGGCAGGACUGGGAGGUCAUUUCAGGCUACCUGUACCAGCUCUUGGCGGCCGUGAUCAAAGGCAACCACACCAACUGCUCCCAGUUCGCCAAUAGCCACAGGCUCAACUGGCUGUUUUCCCGUCUCGGCUCCGCCGGCGAGGGCACCGGCAUGCUGGAUGUGCUCCACUGCGUCCUCAUCGACUCUCCCGAGGCGCUGAAUGUCAUGAAGGAAGAACACAUCAAAGUUAUCAUUGCCCUGCUGGAAAAAUAUGGAAGAGAUCCAAAAGUCCUGGAUGUUCUGCGGUCACUCUGCAUUGGUAAUGGAACAGCUGUUAGGUCCUCACAAAACAACAUAUGUGAUUAUCUCCUUCCCGGACGUAAUCUUCUGCUUCAGACCCAACUUGUUGAUCAUGUCUCUAGUGCACGACCCAAUAUUUUUGUUGGCCACGUUGAAGGGUCAGCAAUGUACCAGAGAUUCUACUACGAAGUCACUUUAGAUCACAUUGAACAAGUGUCCCAUUUGAACCCCCACCUUCGCUUGGGUUGGGCCAAUACUAAAGGAUAUGUCAGCUUCCCUGGAGGAGGAGAAAAAUGGGGCGGAAAUGGAGUUGGUGAUGACCUCUACUCUUAUGGUUUUGAUGGUAGCUACCUGUGGACAGGUGGCAGAUAUACCCUUGUUAAUCCUCAGGACUCUGAGCCUCCAAUCAAGAAAGGAGACGUUGUCGGCUGUGCUCUUGAUCUGACUGUUCCCAUCAUUACUUUCUACAUUAAUGGCCGACAAGUCAAUGGUGCUUUUACUGGCUUCAACCUGGACGGAAUGUUCUUUCCUGUAGUGUCAGCAUCAGCCAAACUCAGUGCAAGAUUCCUGUUGGGCGGAGAGCAUGGUAGACUCAAAUACCCACCUCCUGAAGGUUAUUCACCAGUCUCAGAAUGUCUGUUGCCCUUCCAGACCCUGACAAUUGACCCUUGCUUCUACUUUGGUGAACAGCACAAGGCUACAUUAGCUGGUGCUCUACUUAUUCAGGAUGAUGUAGCUUUUGUGCCUAAACCAGUUGAUACAUCUUCGAUCCAACUUCCUGGUUAUAUUGAACAAGUUCGUGACAAGUUAGCUGAAAAUAUUCAUGAAAUGUGGGCAAUGAACAAAAUAGAGCAAGGCUGGACUUACAGCGAGAGGCGAGAUGAUCUUAGGCUUCACCACCCUUGCCUGACUUCCUUUGAGAAACUCCCGCCUAAUGAGAAGAGAUAUGAUGCUACUUUGGCUCUUCAGACUCUAAAGACUGUGUUAGCUCUUGGUUACCACAUCACCCUUGAUAAACCACCCAGUCGUAUCAGAUCUGUAAGGUUGCCCAAUGAUCCCUUCCUUCAAAGCAAUGGAUAUAAACCAGCACCACUUGACUUGUCACAGGUAAGUCUAACGUCAAAGCUGGAGGAGCUCACUUAUCAGUUGGCAGAAAACACACACAACAUCUGGGCUCGUGAGCGCAUUCAGCAGGGAUGGACUUAUGGCCUCAAUGAGGAUCCAGACAUGCAUCGCUCUCCUCAUCUUGUCAGUUACGCCAAUGUAGAUGAGGCUAUCAAAAAAGCCAAUAUGGAUACUGCCUCUGAAACAAUCAGGACCCUUCUUGUAUAUGGCUACAUUCUAGAGGCACCAACAGGAGACCAAGCAGAGGCUGCUGCAGCAGCUGAAGAAGCCGCUAAAAAGGGAGCUAUCAACCGCACUUACCGACUGGAGAAAACCAAUGCUGUGACUUCAGGCAAGUGGUACUUUGAGAUGGAGGUAUUGACAACUGGCCCAAUGCGAGUAGGUUGGAUGGAAACCUCCAGUCCACCAAACACUGAGCUUGGAUCUGAUGAUAAAUCAUGGGCUUUUGAUGGUUACCAUCACCUAAAGCACUUCAGUGGUUACUGCGAGGGCUACGGACGUAAAGUGCAAGCUGGAGACGUUAUUGGUGUGAUGCUUGAUCUCCAUGACAAGGGCAUUAGUUUUUCACUGAAUGGUGAGCUCAUGAUGGAUGCUAGCGGCUCUGAGACAGCUUUCAGUGAUGUUCAGGGUGACGCUUUUGUACCAGCUCUGACCUUAGGCAUUGGCCAGAAAGCGCACUUGGUCUUUGGUCAUGACAUCAACCAGUUGAAGUUCUUCACCACUUAUGGUCUUCAAGAGGGUUAUGAGCCUUUCUGUGUAAACAUGGAGCGUCCAGUAACUUUCUGGUACACAAAAGAUCAGCCAACAUUUGAGAACAAUGAUGACCUCCCAGACUCCACUAUCGAUGUAACCCGUAUUCCAGCUGGUUCAGAGACUCCUCCAUGCCUGAAAAUUGCCUCAAAGAUGUUUGAACAGUGUGAGAAGGCUAACUGGGAAUUCCUCAGACUUUCUCUACCUGUUGUGUGUGACCAAGAAUUUAUUGAGGAAGAUGAGAAAGCCGCACGUUGGGAUGAGGUAAAGAAUCGUCAGAGCAGAAUCCAUCAUGGAGACUUGCAACCACCAUCAGCCCUCCAGAGUUCACUUGUAGACACAGGGUUCUCUCUUUCUGACAUCAAAGAGCUGCACUACACAAAUGAGGAAGGAGUAGAAGCUGAUGAAGGCUUGGCACCCAAGGAACCAGGAAAGACAACUCCUGAACCAGCGGCACUAGCACCUGAAGGUGGCGGAGAGGAUGUUCCUCCAGAACCGUCUGAGAGAAAGAAGCGUGGAAAGUCCCCCUUCAGGUUCUUCAGCAAGAAACGAGAUGCUAGUGCAGAGAGGGCUCGAAGCAAGGGCAGGGCACCAGAACCCUCGGGUAACACUUUGGAGGUGCCACAUGGAGGCAAAAAGACCAGGUCCCCAUCAGUCAGAUUGUCAAAUGCUGCUGAUGGCAAGCUCAUUCCUCCUGCUAUUCCUGAACGUCAGGGUGCUGGAGAAGAAAUCCGUGAGGAAGAUCUCUUUGAUCCUGAGUGCCUUAAAUUGAUGAAUGAAUACUUCUAUGGUGUAAGGAUCUUCCCUGGUCAAGAUCCAGCUCAUGUUUACAUUGGUUGGGUCACUACUCAGUACCACAUUCAUGACACUGCCUUUGAUCAGAGUAAAGUACGAUCCGUCAUUGUUCAAGAAUACACAGAGGAGGGUCUUGUGCAGAGCGCAGUAGAACGUCACAGCUGCUAUAUGUUCCGUGCUGAUGAACUGCAUGCAGAGGUAACAUCUGAAGCUGGUGGUAAAGGAGCUUCACAAGGUAUGUUUAUCGGGUGUUUCAUCGACACGUCAACGGGCUUUAUCACACUUCAGUGCGAUGGCAAGGACACCAGACACAAGUACCGCAUGGAACCAGGAACCAAGCUCUUCCCAGGUGUCUUCCUAGAACCUACCAGCAAGGAAGUCCUUCAGAUUGAGCUUGGCCGAACGCCUACCACAUUGCCACUCAGUGCCGCCGUUUUGCAGAAUAGCGAUAAACAUGUCGUUCCUCAGAUGCCUCCUAGGCUCAGGGUUCAGAUACUGAAGGCCAACCAGUGGUCAAGGGUACCUAAUAUCAACCUUAGGAUCCAUGCUCUAAAACUAUCUGACAUCCGUGGUUGGUCUAUGCUGGCUGAAGAUGCUGUGCCCAUGCUCGCUCUCCAUAUACCCGAGGAGGACAGAUGCAUCGACAUUCUCGAACUCAUUGAAUAUGAGAAGUUACUAAGCUUCCAUGCACAGUCACUGGCUUUGUACUGUGCAGUGUGUUACCAAAGUAAUUACCGUGCCGCUCACACGCUGUGCUCUCACGUAGAUCAGAAGCAGCUUUUGUAUGCCAUGCAGAAUGAAUAUAUGUCUGGUCCUCUGCGUAUGGGAUUCUACAAUCUCCUCAUUUCCCUACACUUGGAAAGCUUUGCCAAUACAAUGGAAGUGACCCAGAAUGAGUUCAUCGUUCCAUUGAGUCCAAACUUGAAGGAGAUGUACCAAGAUGAGACCGUGGGCAAUUCAAUGUCUAUUACCCACACUGAAUCUGUCCGUCCAAUAAUGUCCAUGUCUGAUAUUUCUCAGUCUGGUGCCAUAGAAACUGCUUCUAUUCACUCUAUGUUAGCUUCUCCAAUACCUCACGAAAUUCAUCACCACAGUACCAACAUCGAAACCAUCAAGGGCCUUGCUUCGCCAUACUUCCCACUGGAUGUAGCCCGAGAGUUUGUCAUGACUGCUCUUGGUGAUGCAGUCAAAACCAAUCAAGUGGCCAACAGGGAUCCCAUCGGAGGCUCUAAUGAAAAUCUUUUUGUGCCGCUCUUAAAGUUGGUGGAUAAGCUGCUACUGGUUGGAAUACUUCAGGAUGAGGACAUCCUGAAGUUGCUUAUCAUGAUUGACCCACGAACUUGGGAUCCUGAGUUUGAUGCAGAAGCUGAUGCUGACAGGAAAGGCUUACUGCAAAUGAAGAUUGCUGAGGGUGUGAAGCUGCAGCUUUGUUAUGUCCUUCACCAUCUUUUGGAUAUACAGAAGAGACACAGAGUGGAGAAUAUCAUUUCCUUUGCCAUGGACUACGUUGGUGAGAUUCAACAGGACCAACUUCGUCGUUACAUUGAGAUUAAGCAGUCCGACUUACCUUCUUCUGUUGCUGCCAAGAAGACCCGUGAGUUCCGUUGUCCACCCAGAGAGCAGAUGAAUGCAAUUCUGGGUUUUAAAAACUUGACAGAUGAAGAAAUGGAAGAAUCUCCAUGCUGUGAAGAGCUCAGGAAUAAACUGGUAGAGUUUCAUGACUACCUCAUGAGCAGAGCCAAGAUUCCAGGUGGUGGGGAGGAGGAAGGUGGUUCAGAGGAAACACCUGCAGAUGACUCCAAGGGUGUUGUGUCAAAGGUCCUCAGCAUUCUGAGUGGAAGCAAAGAGGAAGCCCCUGAAGCGCCACCUGCAGAGCCUGCUGAACUGGAUUGUCCGGACAAGUUCAAGAAGGUGCUGGUUGAAACCAUUGUGUGGUGGGCCGCUGAGACCUUUAUUGAAACACCAGUUCUGAUUAGGGAAAUGUUCAGCCUGUUACUUCGCCAGUACAAUAGUGUGGGUGAACUUAUGGCAGCUCUUGAAAAGACAUAUGUCAUCAGUAGCCAGACUUCAAAGGAUGUUGGAACUUUGUGGUUGUGUCUCAGCAAGGUCCGAGCACUUCUUCCUGUCCAGAUGUCACAAGAAGAGGAGGAACUCAUGCGAGAACUCUUGUGGACUUUGGUGAACAACCAUCUGUUCUUCCAACACCCUGACCUCAUUCGCAUUCUGUGUGUUCACGAAAACGUCAUGGCUGUGAUGAUGAACACUUUGGGAAGACGUGCCCAAGCUCAGAGUGAGACACAGGUUGCUGAAGGCGAGGCAGCACAAGCGAAGGAGAAGGAUACAUCGCAUGAGAUGGUGGUAGGCUGCUGCAAGUUCCUCUGUUACUUCUGCCGAUCGGGACACCAGAACCAGAAGGCCAUGUUCGAGCAUCUGCCCUUCCUGCUAGAGAACUCCAACAUCCUGCUGUCUCGGCCCUCGCUGCGUGGAACUACACCUCUUGAUGUUGCUUACUCUUCUCUCAUGGAUAACACAGAGCUUGCCCUUGCUCUAAGGGAGCACCACUUAGAAAAAAUUGCUGUUUACCUGUCGCGCUGUGGCUUACAGAGUAACAGUGAGCUUGUGGAGAGAGGUUACCCUGACCUUGGUUGGGAUCCUGUAGAAGGAGAGAGAUAUCUUGACUUCCUCAGAUUUUGCGUUUGGGUUGGAGGGGAGAGCGUGGAGGAAAAUGCCAACCUUGUCAUCCGUUUACUCAUCCGUCGUCCUGAGUGCCUUGGACCGGCACUGAGAGGAGAGGGAGAGGGAUUGCUGUGUGCGAUUAUUGAUGCAAAUAAGAUGUCUGAGCGCAUUGCUGCUCAGCGCCUUGGUGCUGAGGCAGAAGGUGCUGUACCCAUUGACCAUCCAAUGCCAGCGGGUGAUGAUGAUGAGGAUUACAUUGACACUGGUGCUGCUAUCCUCAACUUCUACUGCACCUUGGUGGAUCUUAUGGGACGCUGUGCCCCUGAGGCCAAUGUCAUAGCUCAGGGUAAAAAUGACAGUCUUAGAGCCAGAGCUAUUUUGAGGUCUUUGGUGCCUCUGGAGGAUUUGCAGGGUGUGCUGUCACUUCGCUUCACUCUGUCAAACACUGCUGCAGAUGAAGGCCGCAGUGACAUUCCUCCUGGCCUCAUUCCAGCCCAUAAGCAGAGUGUGGUACUUUUCUUGGAACGUGUAUAUGGUAUGGAUAACAAAGACCUCUUCUUCAGCUUGCUGGAAGACGCCUUCUUACCUGAUCUUCGUGCUGCCACAAUGCUUGAUAAGUCUGAUGGAUCAGAGUCAGAGAUGGGCUUGGCCUUGAAUAGAUACAUAGGCAACUCCAUUCUCCCUGCUUUGAUUUCCCACUCUAGCUUCUAUUCUGAGGCUGAACAGCAUGCUCCAUUGCUUGAUGCCACUCUUCACACAGUGUACCGACUCUCCAAGUGCAAGAUUCUGACCAAAGGACAGCGUGAAGCUGUUUCUGAUUUCUUAAUAGCCCUCACCAGGGAGAUGCAGCCUGCUAUGUUAUUGCCUCUCCUACGCAAGCUGACUAUUGAUGUUUCGAAACUAUCCGAAUAUACGACUGUUGCCCUUCGACUGUUAACCCUCCAUUACGAACGUUGUAGUAAAUAUUACAACACAUCUUCCAAUACACCCGGCACAGCUUCAGAAGAGGAGAAACGUCUUACAAUGAUCCUCUUCACCAACAUCUUUGAUUCCCUUGCCAAGAUGGAGUAUGAUCCUGAGCUGUUUGGCAAGGCAUUGCCUUGUCUCUCUGCCAUUGGCUGUUCACUUCCUCCAGAUUAUUCAUUAACUCAUGGUUAUGAAGAUGAACUCUACAAUACUUCAUCUUGUGCUGAGGGCCCCUAUAAUCCUAUGCCUAUUGACACGAAUGGGGUUGAAUUAAGCACAGACAUCGCUACCCUCCUUGACAAGUUCAGUGAGCAUUAUCAUGAUGCUUGGGCCUCUAGGAAACUUGAGAAUGGGUGGUCUUACAGCGAUACAUACACCUAUGAAGAAAAGGGGCACCCGAGACUCAAGCCAUACCUGAUGCUCUCUGACUACGAACGUGAACGAUACAAAGAGCCAGUAAGGGAUGCGCUUAAAGCUCUUCUGGCCAUCAACUGGAAUAUUGAAUAUGAGAGUAUGGAAAGCACCAACUCAACUGCUAGAGAACAAAUUCACCGUCAAGACACAACUGAUCUCUACAACUACAACCCUCAGCCUGUAGACAUGACUAACCUCGCAUUGUCUAGGGAAAUGCAAAACAUGGCUGAGAGGCUUGCUGAGAAUGCCCACGACAUCUGGGCCAAGCGCAAGAAGGAUGAACUUGAAGCUUGUGGAGGAGGAUUCCCACCACAGAUGGUUCCCUAUGACAUGCUCACUGAAAAAGAGAAACGCAAAGACCGUUUCCGUUCUGUUGAACUUUUGAAGUAUCUACAGUUCAUGGGAUACCGAUUGGGCAGAGCCCAUGGCAGUGGUGAUGAUGGUGGAGCUGCUGCAGGGGCUGUGGAACGUCGGUUUGCCUACAGUCUGUUGGGUAAACUACUUCAGUAUCUGGACUGUGCAGCCAUAAACAUGAAGCUGUUGAAGCCAUCUUCCAGCCUUUCAAGACGUUCUUCCUUCAAGACCUCUACAAAGGAUGUUAAGUUCUUCUCGAAGGUUGUCUUGCCCUUCAUGGAGAAGUACUUUAGCACAAACCGCAACUACUUCUUGGCAGUGGCCCUAACUACCAACAUUGUGGGAGCUGCUUCACUCAAGGAGAAGGAAAUGGUGGCUUCACUUUUCUGCAAACUGGCUAAUCUCAUGAGACUGAAGCUUGUGUGCUUUGGAUCUGACACAAAGGUGACUGUGAAGUGCCUCCAGGUGAUUGUUCGAGCAGUUGAUGCUAAAACCCUCACUAAGAAUUUGCCUGAAUUUGUUCGCACCUCAAUGCUUACCUUCUUCAACAAUGCAGCUGUUGAUCUUGAGUACUGUAUUCAUUGCUUACAAGAGGGUAAGUAUGCAUACAUCCGAGGCACUCAUCUGAAGACAUCUGCAUCCCUGAACUAUGUACAAACUGUAUUGCUUCCAGUCUUAACAUCUCUGUUCGACCACACAGCUGCUUGUGAAUUUGGACAAGAUCUCUUAUUGGAUGAAAUUCAAGUUGCUUGUUACAAGAUCCUUGCCGCCCUUUAUCAGCUUGGCACUGAUUUGAGCCUGGAUGGUGGAAAGACCUUCAUGAAGAAGGAGAUUGACCGUCACCGACCAGCCAUUGGCAAUGCCUUGGGAGCCUUUGCUGCUACCUUCCCAGUUGCUUAUUUGGAGCCUAUGAUGAACAAGAACAAUCCUUGGAGUAUACAUAAUCGCAUAGCUGACCAGUCUUUAGAAGCCCAAGAAAUAAUCGUGAAGAUGGAGACAGCCAUUCCCUCCUUAGAGACUCUGAUCAAAGAAGUGGAGAAAUUCGUAGACGAAGAGGGAAAACAUUCCGAUAUGCCUCACAUCAUUGAUGUCAUCCUACCCAUGUUAUGUUCUUACCUUCCCUUCUGGUGGAACCAGGGACCAGAUAAUGUUAAUCCAUCUGAAGGGAACCACGUUAGUGGAGUAACUUGUGAGCACAUGAACCAACUGCUACGUCUCGUCUUACGUCUCAUCAUGUACCAUGUGGGUGUAGAAAAUGCUCCAUGGAUGACACGUAUUGCAGGCUACACUCAGCAGAUCAUCAUCAACUCCAGUGAGGAGCUAUUGAGAGAUCCUUACCUACCCCUCGCGGAGAGAGUGUAUAAGAGAACUGAACAUAUGUACAAUAAGGAAGAAAAUCUCAGAAGCUUCUUGAAGUCAUCAACUGAAGACACAAGUCAAGUUGAAGGUCAACUUCAAGAGGAAUGGCAGUUGCUAACCCGAGACAUCUACGCCUUUUAUCCUCUGCUAAUAAAAUAUGUAGAUCAGCAGAGGAAUCAGUGGCUCAAGAACAGUGUACCAGAGGCAGAAGAUGUCUACAACAGAGUGGCUAGCAUCUUCCAUAUUUGGUCCAAUUCACAGUACUUCCGUCGUGAGGAAACGAACUUUAUCAGCCAGAAUGAAAUUGACAACAUGACACUAAUCAUGCCGACUGGCUCAACACGUAACCGAAGUGCUGCAAUGGCAGAGACAAGUGGAGGUGGAGGAGGAGGAGGAGGUGGGAAGGUAAAGCAAGCAGGACCACCCCCCUACAUGCCAAAGAAGAAGAAGCGUUCAGGCGGCAAGAAGAUCAGCAAAGAGAAGGAGUUGGCUUCAUCCUUGAUGGUUGCCUGCUUGAAGCGUCUCCUCCCUGUAGGUCUCAAUCUUUUUGCUGGAAAAGAGCAAGAAUUGGUGCAACAUUGCAAGGAGAAAUUCUUAGCGAGAGUAAAUGAGGCCGAGAUAUUUGACUUUGCUAAGACUCAGCUGACAUUACCUGACAAAACUGAUCCAAGUGAUGCCAUGAACUGGCAACACAUACUUUACUCGCGCCUUGGAGGAGGAAGGGUCCCACGAGAGGAGGAUGAAGAUAAGAAAAUUGUUCCCACUGUUGAUGAUACAGUAGAGAGAAUUGUGGCAAUGGCUAAAGUUCUGUAUGGCCUUCACAUUAUUGACCAUCCCUCAACAACGAAGGAAGUAUGGCGGUCAGUGGUAUCAAUGCAGAGAAAGCGUGCUAUCUUGGCAUGCUUCAGGCAGACUUCCUUGCACAUGAUGCCCAGAUCAUACAGGCAUCGUGCUGUCAACUUGUUCUUAAGGACCUACCGGGAGUUCUGGCUUUCUGACGAAAACGUUGGACAGGAAGUCGUCAUUGAGGAUUUGACGCAAUCCUUUGAAGAAGCUGAGAGCAAGAAGAAAGAAGCUGAGGAGGAUGAAGGCAAACCUGAUCAGCUUACCCAGCUUGUGACCACCUUCAGCAGAAAGGCCACAACUGAACACUCAGGAGUUUUAGCAGAUGAUCCACUCUACAUGUCAUAUGCGGAAAUUAUGGCCAAGUCCUGUGGAGAGGAGGAAGAGGAAGGCGAAGAGGAAGAAGGUGCUGAAGAAGGUGGAAAUGAAGAUCCAGCAGCUACAAUUAAUGAGCAAGAAUUGGAGAAGCAAAAGUUACUGUUCCAUCAAGCUCGUCUUUCUAACCGUGGUGUGGCGGAGAUGGUCCUCCUUCACAUAUCUGCGUCCAGAGGUCAGCCAGGUGAUAUGGUGAUGAGAACACUUGAGCUGGGUAUUUCCAUUCUGAGAGGAGGCAACGUUGACAUUCAGGCUACCAUGCUGAACUACCUGAAGGAAAAGAAAGAUGCUUCAUUCUUCUUAUCCAUCGCUGGUUUGAUGAACUCCUGCUCGGUACUGGAUCUUGAUGCCUUUGAGAGGAACACUAAGGCUGAAGGUCUUGGUGUGGGUGCUGAUGGAUGUGCCGGAGAGAAGAACAUGCAUGAUGCUGAGUUCACCUGUGCUCUCUUCAGGUUCAUCCAACUCACCUGUGAAGGCCAUAAUCUUGACUGGCAGAACUACCUGAGGACACAAGCUGGAAAUACAACCACUGUCAAUGUUAUCAAUUGUACUGUUGACUACCUGCUGCGUCUUCAGGAAUCCAUCAUGGACUUCUACUGGCAUUACUCCUCAAAGGAGAUCAUUGAUCCUGCAGGAAAAACGAACUUCUUCAAAGCCAUUGGUGUAGCCAGUCAGGUCUUCAACACCCUCACUGAAGUUAUUCAAGGUCCUUGCGUGGGUAACCAACAAACGUUGGCACACUCCAGGUUGUGGGAUGCAGUAGGCGGUUUCCUCUUCUUGUUUGCCCACAUGCAAGACAAACUGAGCAAACACUCAUGUCAGGUCGAUCUCUUGAAAGAACUUCUGAACCUCCAGAAGGAUAUGGUCAUCAUGAUGCUUUCUAUGCUUGAGGGUAAUGUUGUAAAUGGUACCAUUGGAAAGCAGAUGGUCGACACCCUUGUUGAAAGUGCAUCCAAUGUUGAGAUGAUAGUUCGUUUCUUCAACCUUUUCUUGAGGCUCAAGGAGGUCACUUCAUCAGCAUCAUUCCAGGAAUUAGACAUGAACAAAGAUGGAACUGUUACACCAAAGGAAUUCAAAGAAAAAAUGGAACAGCAAAAGAAUUAUACUACAGAGGAAAUCAACUUCCUUCUGAUGUGCUGUGAUACUAACCACGAUGGGAAAAUUGACUAUGUGGAGUUCACUGAACGCUUCCAUAAUCCUGCUAAAGAUAUCGGUUUCAACUUGGCUGUCCUGCUCACCAACCUUUCAGAACAUAUGCCAAAUGACCCACGCCUUGCAAGAUUCCUUGAGACUGCUGGUUCUGUCCUAAACUACUUUGAGCCUUUCCUGGGUCGCAUUGAAAUCAUGGGUAGUUCAAAGCGCAUCGAACGUGUCUACUUUGAGAUUAAGGAAGAGAACAUUGAUCAGUGGGAGAAGCCUCAGAUCAAGGACUCCAAGAGGAACUUCUUCUUUGAUGUGGUGACUGAGGGAGACAAAGAGAAACUUGAAGCAUUUGUUAACUUCUGUGAGGAUGCCAUCUUUGAAAUGCAGCAUGCUGCAGCUCUGAUGGAGGAGGAAGAUGAUGUCAUGGCAAAGAAAGCAUCAGCAGAUGGUCUCAAAUAUCUGAGUGAAGAAGAGGAAGAAAAGACUGGCAUGGAUCUGAUCAAGUCAAAGAUUGGUGGUGUCAAGGAUCACAUUCUGGAAGGACUGUCAGUUUUCGCUCCCUCUAACGUCAAGAAAAAGAUUAAGGAAAUGAAACAAAUGUCAGCAAGUGAAUUGGCUGUUGGGUUCUGCAAGUUGCUUUUCCUGUUGAUGUACCACAGUGCUUUCGGAGUUUGUUACGUACUUCACAAAGUUUGGAUUGCUAUCAUGGGACUGAUGCAAGGACCUCCUACUGAGAAGGGUGCAGAAAAGGAAGAAGAGAAAUCAGGACCUUUAGUUCCGUUAGCCAUACCGGCAUUACCAGAGCCGGAGGGUGAAGCACCGCCUCCUGAAGACGAAGAACCGAAGGCUGAAGAAGAAGCUGGAACUGGUGCCAUUCCUUUGGAUAUGCUGGGUGAUGAGAAGGUGAAGCCAAUCCUCGAUGCUGUAAUUGAUCUGAAGAAGGAAGAAGUCACCAUUGAGGAAGCCUUUGCUGCUACCAAACCAGAGCCUGAACCAGCGCCGGAGGAAGAAACGGUUGGUGAGAAGAAAGAGGUUGAAAGUGCCCAAGCUGCUGCUAUGGAAGAAGCUGAGGCAGAACCAUCCGCAGCUGCGGCCGAACCACCUCCAGUUGCUCAGGAAUCCCUGGGGACUUCUAUUAAAACCUCACAACCUUCUUUGCAUUCCACUAGUACACCUCUUAUAUCUGUCUCCUCUCAUCACUCAUCCAAAGUUUCAAAUCCUUCUACAGCUUUGCCAUCUAACGCACCAAUGAAGGGGCAUAAAUCAUCACCUUCCAAAUCUAAAGAGCACAUGACAUCGUCUCAUCCUGCUUCACUGCCAUAUCCCUCUGGUUGUCCACCUAUCCCGGAGCAUAGUGUUGUCGCUUCUUUUCAAAGUGCAGAGGACACUGUGAGGUCUGCAUCUGUUGCUGGACAAGUGCGGAAAAGUCAAACGCUGCCUUCAAUGGCAACUGACUCGGCCAAAAAGGGCUCUCACACUUCUUCAGUUUCUCAUUCCAUCAGUUAUCCUGUCCCAUCUAGGCAUACAAAAGGUGAAGAAUCAUCCACCUCUGACAAUGACAAGAAACUGUCCAGGGCUUCUCUUUCAUCAACACAUUCAUCGUCAUCUUUGGAAUCUCCAGUGGUAGGAAUCUCAACCUCAGCACCACCAUCAUCAUCAUCAUCAGCUCAUGAAGUGGCUUCUUCGAAAACAUCCUCACCAGCCCCUCAUAAACCCAUUUCAUCAUCAUUUACUUCAUCCAGUUAUGUAGAUCUGAGAUCAGACUCAUCAGCGUUGAUUUCUUCUAGUGCUUCUCAUGCAGAGUCACCACUCAGUAGUUCCCCAGGAUUAAAAGUUAUGCCAUCCAGUUCCUCUAUGAUUUUUUCUUCUACUUCAGAGGUAAAUGUAACAGAAUACCCUUCACCAUCCAUACCACAUUCCCAUUCUUCACCUGUAGUUACAAAAAUAAUAUCACCAGAGCACUUAGCCAUUUCAUCAUCAAAAUCUACCACCCCAGUUACUACGAUUACCAUUCAAUCAUCAAUUUCUUCACAGUCACUUCAGCCUAGUAGUCAUUAUGCUGGACGAUCCGUCAGUGGUCAUUAUUCACUUACUCGCAGCCAGACUGAUCCCUCUUCAAUUUCACUGUUGUCAUUUAGUGAUCAUUCAACCCCUUCAACAGUUUUAAUAUCUGACCAUCUGAUGACUGCAGAUGAUCCAACUGAAAGUGAUAUUCACCCAUUUGAGGCAAUGGCUACGCAUCAUCUUAUCGCUUCCCAGUCAAUGGAGUCGCACUUAACCACUUCAGAAUUGACUUCAUCAGAUUCAUUUUUUAUGGGUUCUCCCACAAUGUCUCGUUCUCAAAGCUCUCUUUUGGAUUCACAUCUCUUUACUUCACCCUCUGCUCCAAAAGAUACCAGUCUUUUAAAUCCUGGUCUGAUUGAUGCUUCACAACUCACACCUUCACCUCCAACUCCUACACAACCUCAUCCUCCUGACAUUCCACCUCAACCUCCAACUCCUGAGCCACAAGUCUCAAAUCCUCCUAGUACCCCACAGAAGAGAAUUCUCCAAAAAGUUUUGUGCUUUAUGGUUGACUUAAGUGGUUACAACAAGCGUAUUGUCAGCCUGCUUGCAAGAAACUUCUACAAUCUGAAAUAUGCUGCCCUGGUGUUGGCCUUCUGUAUCAACUUCAUCUUGCUCUUCUUUAAGGCUAGUGCUAUUGAGUCUGAUGAGGAAGAAGAGGAGGAAACGGCAAGUAGUCCAUUUGAUUUUGGCUCCGGAGAUCUCUUGGGUUCUGGUGAUGAUGCUGUCUUAGGAGAUGAUGCAGCUGAGGAUCUUGGGUCUGGCAAUUUCACUCUGGAAGAUGAUGGUGAAGAAGAGGAGGAGGAAGAGGAAGAGACAGAGGAAUGGAUUCACAUGGAUGAUCGCUACUUCUACCUGGUGCACAUCUUGCGAAUCUUUUCUGUCACUCAUUCCAUCGUAGCCUCAUGCAUGUUGUUGGCCUAUUACAACCUCAAGAUUCCUCUUGUAAUCUUCAAACGUGAGAAGGAAGUUGCCCGUCGUCUGGAGUUCGAUGGUGUGUAUGUUGCUGAACAACCUGAAGAUGAUGACAUCAAAGCACACUGGGACAAACUUGUCAUUUCUGCUAAGAGCUUCCCCAACAACUACUGGGACAAGUUUGUUAAGAAGAAGGUCAGGGAAAAGUACAGUGAAACAUAUGACUUUGAUGCCAUCUCAAAUCUGUUAGGAAUGGAGACAACGAUGUCCUUCAAACACGAGGAAGCAUCCACUGGCAUCGUAGGAUAUUUAACAAGCGUUGACUGGCGGUAUCAGCUGUGGAAGGCUGGUGUUACAAUUACUGACAAUCAAUUCCUGUACAACUUGUGGUACCUGACGUUCUCUCUGUUGGGCAACAUCAACUAUUUCUUCUUCGCUGCUCACCUUUUGGAUGUUGCUGUUUCUAUCCCUUCAUUGAAAACGAUCUUGCAGUCAGUAACUCACAAUGGAAAACAGCUGAUUUUGACGUGUAUGCUGCUGACAAUUACUGUAUACUUGUAUACCGUCAUUGCAUUCAACUUCUUUAGGAAGUUCUACGUCUCUGAAGAGGAUGAAGUGGUCGACCAAAAGUGUCACGAUAUGCUUACAUGCUUCACGUUCCAUCUGUAUAAAGGUGUCAGAGCAGGUGGUGGUAUUGGUGAUGAAAUUGAAGCUCCCGAUGGUGAUGAAUAUGAACUUUACCGUAUCAUCUUUGACAUCACUUUCUUCUUCUUCAUCAUUGUCAUUUUGCUGGCUAUCAUUCAGGGUUUGAUUAUUGAUGCCUUUGGUGAACUGAGAGACCAGCUUGAGUCUGUUAAGGAGAACCUGGAGAGCAACUGCUUCAUCUGCGGCAUAGGCAGCGAUUACUUUGACGCGGUGCCGCAUGGCUUCGAUAUGCACGUUCUGAAAGAGCACAAUUUAGCUAACUACAUGUUCUUCUUGAUGCAUCUUAUCAACAAGGAUGAAACUGAGUACACAGGUCAAGAGACAUAUGUGUGGAAUAUGUACCAGCAGAGGUGUUGGGACUUCUUCCCAGUUGGUGACUGCUUCAGGAAACAAUAUGAAGAGGAGCUCUCAAGUGGAGGCAGCUCUAGCUGAAAUGCCACAGGCUAAUUAAAGUGUCUCCCCAGAUGAAUAUCAUAACUUUGAAAUUCUGUUAGAUGAUUAAACAGAGCUACCAUGCUUAAUCAAAAUUAAAAUGAUUUUACUUUGGAUACAUUACUUGUCCUCUCAUUCAUAAAUAACGUUUGCUUUUCUUACAAGUUAAAUAUCAAACAUAUGUCAAACUUAUGCUAUGAAGCAUUCAACUUACUGCACAGUAAAUCAUAAUUUUAACAAUGAUUUCUUGCAUAUGUUAUUUUAUAGCUUCAUUUUUUAAUUUUUUCACCUGAUGCCUAAAUUCAUGAGAUAACAUAUUAAAAGCACAGAGUAAAUCAAAUAAAUAAAUAGGAUUUCCUGGGGAACUGACAUCUCGAGUGAAUAUCCACUGUCCAGCCAUAUUGUUGAUUAAUUGUAGUGUUUUACUAAACAAAAUUGUUAAUACAAUUUGUUUAAAAUUUUAUGAAAUUUACCUUAUAAAAGAUAAAUAAAUACUAUAAUUUUGUAUAUAUUUCUUGAAAAAAUGGUGCCAUGCUUGUGAUAGCGUCUUGCCUGCACGAGAAUUUUUGUCUCGUGUAAGUAGGUCAAAUUACAGUUAGAAUUGCUUGUAAUGAGAGUUUAUGUAUAAAGACAACUAACUCCUUAAGUGUUCAGAGGUACACUCUAGUUGAAUAUGUACUGUUUGGCAACUUCAAAACACAUCAAAUCAUGCAUAAUGAAAAAUUAUGUUCUGUUUCCACUAAACCAUUGAAAAGAAAUGGUGUGUAUGGUUUAUGGGCACUGUAAAACUUUUAAAUAAUUACUAGAGACAGCCCCUAAUUCCAUAUGUACAUUGCAAGACCAAUUUGACUUCUAUCCACCUGUGUCACUGUAGCUUUCAAAAAAACAUACUUAUUACUUUGCUCUUGUAUACUAACUCUCAAAUAACAGUCCUAGUUUAGUGAGAAACCUAUGGAUUGUCUCACUCUGCUUCUCAUUAACAUCAAUAGCCAUCCCCAGCCAACAACCCAAAUGGCAACAGACAGAUGCACUAAAGAAAUGAAGGACUUGUAAGUGUGGAUAUUUUAUGCCUUGUGGGAUUUCUUUGACCUUGGAAGAAUUGUAAAUUUAAUAUCUUUUAUAGAUUGUUUAGAUUAACACACAGUUACCUUUGAUACAGACGUCCCCCACCGUCUGUAUCAAAGUACAGUAGUUUUAUCUACUUAGCCCACAACCACCAUUCCUUCAGUUCUUACUUCACAAAUUACAAUGUUUGUAUGAGGCCUUAACUUAUAAAAUAUAUUGGCUGGUCAAAACUCAUUAACUCUUUUGAAACUCAUAUUAAUAAAAAAGUAAUUUUCUACUGUUUGCAUUGCAACUUGAAUGCACCAAUGAUCUGUGUUACUUGUCUGGGGUUUGUGUUCUAUCAUGUCCAUUUAGCUUUAAGGUAAUUAAAAUAGUGAUAAUUUUUUGAAUGGUGUAUAUGUCUUACAAAUCUUUGUUUUGUUACUUGUUGUUGUUAUGCGAAACAGCAUUUGAAUAAUAAACAAAAAAACUGUGUGAGAGGAGAGCAGUAAGAGCAAAGACAAAAAAACUGAUGUCAGUGUGAUAGUUAAGUUCGCCAGUUUGAAAUGCAAGACCACUUGCAGUCAUCGGUCACUACAAAGGUGGGAAUGCAUUCUGUCUACAUAAUCAGAAAUGGAGUUACCAGACAUUUUAAAAGGAUUGGUUGUUGGUGCCAACCCACUGUAGAUUUAUUAAAUAACCUUAAAUUAUUGUAACUGAUCUGUAAUAUUUUCCAUGCCUCUGGCCACAGCUCACUUGCCUCCUAAUCAUCCUAUGCGAUUACUGGCAAUUGAUAACUCUGAUGUCAAUUAUCCUGUCCCUCUUCAUAAAACACCUGUUAAAACUGUCUUGUAUGGACCUUGCUGGUCUUUAGAGAUUCACCUAUUGGGUCUUUGAAGUAUAUUACAUGUGGUUGCUGUUUCAGUACAGAAUAAUAAUUCCCCAAUGUGUGUGUGGAAAUUAUGUACCGUACUUUUGACGAUGUACACAGUAAUGCGUUAUAGUUACAGUCCUUUAUACCACCACUUUCUCUGCCAUCUUACUGUCAUCCCUGAGGCCAUCGUUAUGUAACUUCCUUUCUGCAGCUUCAUACUGACCACUAUGGAGGUCAGUGAUUGCUAUGCAUUGUAGACAUCGAAUAAGCAACUGAAUUUUUACAUAGUUUACUCUUUAGUUAAUAAAUAUCACAAUCAA